AUGGUAUUGCAGCAGGAGCACACAUGGGAAUAUGGAAAAAUCUUCAAGUCUCCCUUUGGUCCUCAGUUUGUAGUAUCUAUUGCAGACCAAGACAUGGUGGCUCCGGUGCUCCGGGCUGAGGGGGCUGCGCCCCAGAGAGCCAACAUGGAGUCCUGGCAGGAGUACCGAGACUUGCGGGGAGUGGCCACUAUCCUGUGUGAGAGUCGUUUGGUCUGCCCGGAAAGCAGCGGGCCGCCCAGCAUGGAGAGCAUGGAGGCCCUGAAGCUCACGUUCUGCGUGUUCAAGACCUCCAUGUGUGCGGGCGCCAUCCCCAGAUGGCGGCACCCCUAUCCCAAACCCUGGCGAGAGUUCUGCAGGUCCUAGGAUGGACUCUUCAAAUUCAGCCAAAUUCAUGGUGACAACAAGUUGAGGGACAUAGAGUACCAAACAGACCCAGGCCAGAGGGUGACAGGGCACCUCUUCCUUAGCCAGGCGCUGACACUCCAGGAGAGCUAGGCCGGCGUGACCGAGGUGCUGCUGGCCGGUGUGACCGGCGAGCCCACGUCGUUCGCAUUGUCCUGGGCAGUGUAUCUCCUGGCAAGGCACCAAGUGCAGCAGAUGGUGUACCAGGAGACAGUCAAGAAUUUGGGGGAGAGGCAUGUUCCAACAGCAGCAGAUGUCCCCAGAGUCCCACUAGUCAGAGCUCUCCUUAAGGAAACCCUGAGGCUGUCAACAGUGCUCCCUGGGAAUGGCCGAGUCACCCAGGAAGACCUGGUUAUUGGCGGCUACUUUGUCCCUAAGCAAAGCCAGCUGGCUCUCUGCCACCAUGCCACAUCCUACAAGGAUGAGAACUUCCCUCGGGCCAAGGAGUGGCCAGGGCGCUGGUUGCCGAAAGGAAACCCGGGCAGAGUUGACAACUCUGACAGCUGCAUCGGGCGGAGAAUCGCAGAGCUGGAGAUACACCUUGUCGUGAUCCAGCUGCUUCAACAUUUUGAGAUCAAAACAUCUUCCCAGACUAAAGCUGUUCAUGCAAAAACCCAUGGGCUGCUGAAGCGGGGGGCGCCCAUCCACGUGCGUUUUGUUAACAGAAAGUAAGUGUGGGUCUGAAACCCGGGCCUAUGACGCAGCAGAGCCAGCUCUUGGACACGAGCACUGCAGAGGAGGGAAGUGCUCGCUGUAGAGCUGUCUUGCUAUGGACCGGCCUCCCAGCUUCUGGGACGCUCCCGCAUUCUUAUGCACAGUGACAUAAAAAGAUAGCUGUUUUACUUUUGCAUACCAGAAGUUGCCUUUAAUUGGGCAAACAACUGUUUAAAAACCAGUGGCACUGAAUUCUCAUGCUUCAUACACUGUGCCAGACUCAAUAUUUAGUGACUGGUAGUAUCUAUGCAUUGCACAGGGAAAUGGUGGUUUACUUACAAAUUCAGUUCUUGAAUAUAUGUUCUCUAAUGCUGGCAUCAGGGCUCUAUGUUAAGAGAUAGUUUCAAUGUAUUGUUUCUAAUUUGAAGAGGGAACAUUAAAGAGUCUCUGUAAUACGUAAUUAUGGGAAGAAAACAUCACAGACAACAUUUUAUCCUGAGCACCAAAUUUAGGUCCCUGUAGCAGGGCUCAAAAUUAUAGGGGCCAUAUUCUUAUUUUUCUCUCCACAACUAAUGCUUGUUUUUCUAGUCUUAGUGCCUAACGAAGUUGAAUAUUUUUCUUUGAAAGAAAUAAUCAAUAA